AUGCCCUCGGGGAAGACGGUCAAACUCAUCCUGUAUGAGGUGCUGCAGUUUGCGGCCCUCAUUAUUCCCAUUUUUGUGAUUAUGGAGCGGUUCGCCAGGCUCGUACGUGACGUGAGAGGACAGGAUCUGACGGCCUAUUGGCUGGUGGUGGCGGCCUCUGUCGCCUACGUGACCUCUGUGGCCCUGCUGGUGUGGGUUCCUCUGAAGUAUGUGAUCCUGAAGAGGAGGAGGUUUAUCUCAGAGAUCACACAGUGGAGACCAACAGCGCUGGCGUAUCUCAUCCUGUGUACAUUGCCGUGCUUUGCUAUUCUAGUUGCCAGCUCAAAGGUGCAGGUGGACAGAGGACCCAGGCGCGACCAUUUCGCCGAGUUGCCCGUUUCCUUGGUGCUCGUCUCCCUCAUCUGUGUGGAUAUCAUAGAGAGAAUUCGCCCCUGCAGGCUCAUCGGACAAUCCGACAGCAUGGAUUCUGACUUUGACAUGCCAGGCCCCGUCCUCACCCAGCUGGAACAGGUGACCACGGUAACGGGCCAGCUGCCUGCUGAUGAAGCCCAGAACGGCUCGACCCAAGACCACCCAGAGGCCAGGAACGGCGGCACCUCGACCAGAUGGCAGGACCACGCCGGCCGCUCAACACUCAGCUCACGAGCACCCACCGCCGCCUACCUGUACUCCUCAUCGUCACGCCGACGAUCCUACUCGGGUCCUGUGGGCUUCCUGUGGAGGAGGGACGUGAGGUCGGAGGUGUUUGUGGAUAGCUUCCUGUUCUGGUUUGACACUGUGGAGAUGGUGAGAGUGGCAGGAGAGCCGUUGGUCUUCUACUCGGCCUGGGUGUUCCCCAUCUACAUCCUCGCCUUCAUGUCUACUCUCCGCAUGGUCAUCGCCCCUAACAACCCGUCAUUGUCUUCUGCUGGUGUCGCUCUGCAGGACCUUCCUUUCUUUAUCAUUCGAGUCUCUCUGAUUGUCGUGUUUGGUUAUGUAACUCCCGUGUUGUACCCUUUGAAAAAUGUGCUGGUGAGCCUGACUUUUAUCUACUUUACAUUCCUGACUAAGCUGAGGAUUUUCAAAAGGCAGAGCAUGUUUUGAGGAGGAGUGGCACAUUCUGUUGUUUAAUGAAAGGUCUGCUUUGAUUGUGGAGCGUUGAACAGUUGGUAUAUUUCUGUGAAGGAGGCAACACCGGAGAAAACGAUGAAACUGGUACUGAUGAUCAAGAACAACAAGUUUGUUAAUAUUUUAUAAGGCCAUUCAUCCAAAUCAAAGUGUAAAAAUGAUUUUGGAUUUAAACUAAAACAUAGUGUACA